UUUUUCCUAUCUCUUUCGACUUUCCAACUUUCAGUGUGAAUUCUCGGCAAAUAAAAGCAGUGGGCAACAAACGAAACGUCGUAUUUUUUUCUGUGACUUAAGGAACUUACAUUCCGUUUAAAAAUUUGUGAUUCAACUUCCGGAUACUUCGUGAAAGAAGCAACGAUUUGGGUUUGUUGACCAGCGGCAAGGAGACGAGUUCCGAGGGCGAUAUUUAUCGUUUUUUAUCCAGAUUUCUCGAUAUUACGCACUGCACGCGAAAAGAGGUUAAGUUAUUCAGCGUAUUGGAGAGGAACGAAAAACUCGAGCUGUGAAAUUCGGAAUACGAGGGGAGGCUGCACCGUGGAGUAGUGAACAACUCGACUGUGUGCGUGUGUGCUCGUCAGUCAAAAUUUGACGGAAGCGGGUUGGAUGUGAUUUUUUACCUACGAGGAACCACCUUGUUUGUUUUAUUUGGAAAAAGGGAACAUAAUUAUCCGUCAUCUUUGUAGACGUAGUAUUCUUGAUAAAAUCUAUAAAACUAAGGACAACAAACGAAUAUUUAAAGAUCAGUACCAGAAACACACUACAAAAACGACAAAAUGGGAAAUGUAUUUGCAAACCUUUUCAAAAGUUUAUUCGGUAAAAAAGAAAUGAGAAUAUUGAUGGUAGGCUUAGAUGCCGCUGGUAAAACCACAAUUUUGUACAAACUCAAAUUAGGUGAAAUUGUUACAACGAUUCCAACUAUUGGUUUCAACGUCGAGACUGUAGAAUACAAGAAUAUUAGCUUUACAGUAUGGGACGUAGGCGGUCAAGACAAGAUUCGGCCAUUGUGGAGGCAUUAUUUCCAAAACACACAAGGUCUUAUUUUCGUCGUUGAUAGUAAUGACAGAGAGCGUAUUGGUGAAGCCAGAGAAGAAUUGAUGCGGAUGUUAGCAGAAGACGAACUCAGAGAUGCAGUUUUACUUAUAUUCGCAAACAAACAAGAUUUGCCAAAUGCAAUGAACGCAGCUGAAAUAACCGACAAGUUAGGUUUGCAUUCGCUGAGAAAUCGCAAUUGGUACAUCCAAGCGACGUGUGCAACAAGCGGUGAUGGUCUAUAUGAAGGUCUCGAUUGGUUGUCCAAUCAGCUAAAGAAUGCCAAUCGCUAAAAUCUAAAAAUUUAAACUAAACAUAAUUUAAAUAUAAAAAACAAAGAGAGAAAAAAAUAUAAUUAAAAUAAAUGCAAAAACUUUCAAUUAAACAGCAGAAAAAUGGAAGAAACAAAGGCAGAGAAGACAACAGAAUAAAAAUCACAAACACUGAGAAUAUAUAAUGAAAAAAUGAUGAUGAUAUAUAAGGCAAACAAUUUAAGUUAAAAUGGAGAAGAAUAAUAAAAAUAAAUGAAGACAAACAUUCAUGGAAGCAUCCAUCUAUUUCUAAAAUGUUAUCAUUUCUGAACAGCACCUACUACCAUACCGAAGCAGCGUCUCCAGAGGUAUAUUCGGAUUGGUAACUUGAAACAAGGGGAAGGUUCACAAACACAUUACACGUAAUUGCUAACGUUAUUCAUUGGCAGUAACUACCUUUGCCGCAAGUGGAAGCGCUCCACGCCACACAUGGAAUUACAUAGCAGGAACAGAUGAGAGUAAAACCAAUAAUUUGUAUACAAUGAACUGUUGCAACAUGAAUGGAGUAAACCAAUUGAAAAUAGUCUAGCUACUUGCAAGCAAACAAAACGGUUAAGGAUAAUGUCUUAAUUCAGAUUACAAUUCACCCUAGAAACUUCUUUGUUUUCUCCUUCCCAUCUUUAUACGCAUAUAUAAGAUAUAGUCCCGUUUUUAAUUGCAUUACAUUAAUAUAUUAUUAACGAAUAUAUAAAAAAUUGAAUAGCGUAUUUUAUCAUGGGAUCUUGUAAAUUAAAAGCUCUACAUUACAUAUAGCAUUGUGCGAAGGAUGAUGUGCCUGUUUGCCUUUUUUCUCUCUCCUCCUCAAUAUUUCUUUUAGUAGACACCACAGAGUUGUUUCAUUUGGAAUUCUAGGAACACAAAUACACAUAGCUUCGACUUCAAUUAACCCCUCCCCCGUUCCCGUCUCGUUUUUGCGUAUGUUUCUUUUUUGUACACUAUAUAAAAUAGGUAGAUUAAAAAUUUUUACAUUCAUAUAUAUACUACACAUACCACAUACACACACAAGAUGAGAAAAAAUGAGAUAUGUCGUCGUCAUUGAAUUGUUUCCGUUCCGUUCUUAAUAAUUUUUAAGAAAUUUAUCGAUAGAAAAAAUGAAAAACAACAAAGAAAAAAUGCUAAAUAAAAUUUAAAAAAAAUAUCAAUAAAAAC